AUUUUAGAAAAAGGGAGCCCCUACCCUUUAAUCAUCUUGCCUCAAUUUGGGGGAUACUGGAUCGAAGACCCCGAGAACCUCAGCACCCCCACUUCCUCCGAAAGCAGCAUCUGUGAUGAAGAGGAGGAACUGCUCAGCCCCAGCACUUACGGCUACAAACUGGAGUGCAAAGGUGAAGCCAAGGCAUAUCGGAAACAUUUCUUAGGAAAGGAUCAUUUAAAUUUUUACUGCACAGCCAGCAGCCUGGGGAAUUUGAUCCUUUCCAUUAAAUGCGAAGAGGCAGAUGGAAUUGAAUAUCUACGGAUUAUUCUCAGGUCCAAAGUAAAAACAUUACACGAAAGAAUCCCUUUAGCUGGACUCAGCAAGCUGCCAAACAUUCCACAGAUUGCAAAGGCCUUCUGUGACGACGCCACUGGAUUAAAGUUUCACCCCGUGCUCUAUCCCAAG